AUGGAUCGCCGAACGCAGAGUCUCGAGUCUCCGUCCUUCAUUGAAAAAUUUCACAACGGUUCCCUCCGCGCUCAUUUGGCCUCUCGCCCGCCAAGCAAACGACCACACGCCCAGUCCCAACAGCGCCAGAAUCGCGUUUCCAUCGCCAAUAAUGCAUCCCACUUUGAAGAAUUAAUUUAUCGCGAUGCCGAUGUCCUAGUCCUCUACUACGGCAGGCAUUGCGGUUAUACGACGCACGGCAGGGGCGCGAUCACCGAGUUCCGUGCCGUCGCUGACUACUUUGCUAGCCGCCCGUCGUCGCCCGAUUUUGUUAUGAUCGAUGUAGAUUCGGUUCAGCUGCCGUGGCCCUUGCGUGUGGAAUAUGUCCCAAAUAUUAUCCUUUUCCCUCGUAAUCGCAAAUCCUACUCCGUGGUUCUUCCAGCAACGGCCAUCUCAUCCACCGACCUCUACAACAACUUGAUCGCUUUUGUGCUUCAGCGCCUGAAGUAUGCUGCGUCAGAUGGUAGAGGCAAGCACAGGUCGUUUAUGGGCACUCCCAUCGGCCACCACAGUAGGAACAACACGGGGGUCGCUUACACUGCAGACACCUAUUUGGCCAUUGCAAGACAGCAGAUAGAAUCCACCCGUUCUCUCUUGCGUCUCUUAAUGCGUCGCCUGGAGAUCGGACUAACUGAAGUGAGCCAGACACUGGUCCCCCGGGAUGGCAGUGACAGCCUGGCCCUGCUGGACCGAUUGACUUCCGCAGGUCGUGCCCGGCACCACCGACUGGAGGAUGUACAGCGCAGACUCUCUGGCCUUUGGCAACGCCUUUCCGGUGUGGAGGCUCUCUUCAGUCAGGAAUCCGAGGUUACUGCCACUCUGCGUCAGCGUCUUCUCGCAGUUUGA